GCUUUAAGGGGGCGCGGCCUGAGGCAGCGCUGGCGGCUCGGAGGUUUUAAGACCCGAGUCGGGGGGCUGAGUCGCCCUGAACCGAACUGACCCCUUUCCUUGUGACCCGCGCUUCUUGGGCCAGAAUUUCCAACAGGAAAGGAUCUCAGCCCCCACCGUGCCCUGCCACACACAUAGUGACGCCCCUCGAGCUCCACAGAACCGAUGGGAUGUAGAGGGGAAAGCCGAAGUGGAAAGGACUUUUCAGUCCUAGGCCAUUGGGUUCGUUAGGCGUUUGCUGGGGAAUGCAGGCGAACGGGAUUCCCAGGUCCCUGCCUUUGUGGAGCUUAUGUUCCAGAGGGGAAGGGAGACAAGGAAAAACAAAAGGACAUGAGGCGGUCACAGGGCUGUGCUUCAAAGGAAGCAAAAGGCGACUACUAGGCUGCAACGGGCUGUGAGGAAGUGCCGUUUUUGCUGACACCGGACGGUGGGAAGUGAGCCGGGAAGACUGGAGCCACUCCAGGCAGAAGGAGCAGCACUUGCAAAGGUGGAGGGCCGUGAGGGGCCGACAGAAAGGGGAGCAACCCAGUCUGGCCCGGACUCAGUUCCCUCUUGAAAAGCAAAGAUCCUGCGUGUCCGUUUCAGUGGCCGUCAUGAGGAUUCAGUGACGCACAGGAAGCGCGGUGCACUCGCUCUUCUAACAAGUGCCCGGGAGCAAAGGCGUCUACGGCCCCCAGUCCCCGCGCCGCCUCCCAGUCUCUCUCCCUGCUUCACUUUCCUGUAGUGCUUUCUGUACGCCUGUAUUCGACGCGGCGCGCACUCGCAGGCACGAGCGAGGCGCCGAUCUCCACUUGACAGAGGAGGCACCCUUGCCCCCACCACACCCAGUGCUCCUCGCGGGCUUCUGCCCGAGGGGCCUGCUCCUUCCUCAUGACCCGCCUGUGAAUCCUUCCUAACCGUUAGGACCUAACCCACAGAAGCGUCUUUCCACCACCAUCGUCUUGGCACUGAGCAAGCAAACGGCCCCGCCCCGCCCCACGUUCACAGGAACAACAAACGUCACAUCCGCGGUGGUGCUGUAAUCCCAGCACCUUGGGAGCCCGGUAGGCGGGGACUGCAGUCAGCUGAGAUCGCGCCACUGUCUGGGCGACAGUGCUGAAAAUAAGUCACAACUAUGCCCAUCGCUUCCGCGGCCAGCGGUUCCCCACCCUCGGCCCUAAGCCGGAAGUCAGAGAGCCCGAAGCGGAAGGGGCUGGGCCAUCUAGGGGCGUGGUCGGUGUGGAGGCGGGGCUAUCGCUGGCUGGGGGCGGGGCCGGAACCCUUUUCCUCGUGACUGCGCCACGUCUGAGGCGGCAGUGGCCGCGUCGGUGUCGGCGUCGAGGAGCCGGGGCAGGGCACGAUGGCGGACUGGGCUCGGGCUCAGAGCCCGGGCGCUGUGGAAGAGAUUCUAGACCGGGAGAACAAGCGAAUGGCUGACAGCCUGGCCUCCAAAGUCACCAGGCUCAAAUCGCUCGCCCUGGACAUCGACAGGGAUGCAGAGGAUCAGAACCGGUACCUGGAUGGCAUGGACUCGGAUUUCACAAGCACGACCGGCCUGCUUACAGGGAGCAUGAAGCGCUUUUCCACAAUGGCAAGGUCCGGACGAGACAACCGGAAGCUUCUAUGUGGCAUGGCCGUGGGUCUAAUUGUGGCCUUCUUCAUCCUGUCCUACUUCUUGUCGAGGGCAAGGACGUGAGCCAGUGGGAGCUGGUGUCUGUGGGUACCAAGGGCAGCCAGGGUCUUCCCUGCCUGGUGUCUUGGGCUCCAGAGGACUUACCUACAAAAUACUCCUUUGCAAUUAUAAUCGUGGGUCAGGAAUCUUCUUCCUGUGUGGCAGGAGGCUGCGGCUGCCUGUGACCUGAUGAGCUCGUGUUGGCUGGUCCCACGUGUGGAAGGGACUCUCUCGGGGAAACCAAGGCCCAGCCCCUCCCGCUUCCCCCAGGUGCUAGAGACCCAGGCAGAGCUGGGGCCACAGCAUGUCUGGAGGAGCCAGGUCUGAGCAGAGCAGAUGUUGAAUCCCAGACAUGGCCACCUGUGGCUUGCAGCCUUUCUCCCAGCGCUUGGGACUCUGACAUCUUAAGGCUCCACGGUCGUGUCCUUGUCUGGGUGAGGCCAUGUCUGUGAUCCAAGGUUCCUGGAACUGACACAGGAAGGGGCUGUGAACCCUAAGUGGGUGUCAUCUCGUCCGACUGAGGCUUCUCAGCCUGGAGAUGGCAGUUACUCCUGGCCAUGGUUGUUGAGCACGGGCAGACCAGUGCAGGCCACCCUGCUGUGAGUUAUCUGCGCCUACGAUGAAGUGAGACCCCUGGGGAGAACUGGGGUUGUGGAUGAAGGAGUGGACUGCAGCCUUGGCCUAGCCACUGGGCUGGGAUCCUUCUGGGUCAUGUGACUGUGUAUCCAGGAGCAGAAACUUGUAUUCUCAGGAUUCAGGAUCUACCCAGCAACAAAGAUGUAUUUUCAGGAGAACAGACCUAGAAAUGGGCCUGUCUGGCAUUUCAGAGUGAGGCAAAGCAGGCAGGGCCGGGGAGCUUCUGUGGGUCUACACAAGAAGGUUCCUGUGAGGGCUAUCAGUUGUUGCCUUUUAGCUUGCUGGUAACUUUGGCGCCUCCGCCAAGCCCUGCCAGACUCCCCUGGCUGUGAUGGCGUUCUGUGCCGUCCUCCUUGUCCCCAGCCUCUGCAGGAUGCCCUCCCUACCCACCUCUCCCUGGGCCUUCCCUGUCCACUGGGCUGGGCUCAUGUUCAAACCGCUGGACUGGCAGGGCAACGACUUCUUCCCACCUCAAGAUGAGGUCCUCGCCCCUUGUCUUGGCAUAAAAACACCUUUAAAGCAUGAGCCAUGUGCUUCUUUGCCCUUCUCUGUCCUGUUCCAAUCUUCUGCCUCCCAGUCACUCCCUGGGGACUGUGGGAUCGCUGUCCCCCCACCUGUGUGGCCACACCAUGUGUCCUGUCAAUCCAGAACUGCCUCUGAGCUCCAGGCUGACCACAGAUCAGCCACAGCCUGGUGCCUGCAGCCCCACUUUGCUCACCCUUCCCUUUCCUUCCUUCCACACAGCAAGCCCACCUUUCUCCAUGCACACUCACCAUAGCCCCCUUCCUUGUGACCUGGGCCCUCCAUUGUACCUGGCUGAGACUGUCAGCCUCCUGGAGGGGUGGGGUCCACCUUCUUCUUCCCCUAUGCAGGUGCAAGCUCACUUCUCACCCAGCAAGGUCGACUCAUCUGCCUCCAUGUCUCUGGGGUUUUGCCGUUGCCCUGAAACUUAGCUGGGCUGGUCUUGCUCCCAGCUUGCUUCCCCCUCCUCGGAUGUCCCUUUGCAGGCCCGUGUCGUUCCUCCGGCACCAGUGUCCUUGGCUGCCAUGGCAAGCUCAUCAGGGUCUUGCACCCUGGUCACCAAGCAUGGUAGCAGCUGCCUGCAUUGUAUCUCCAUCUGGUCACUGCAGGUGCCAACCCUUCAUCCCCCAUAUUUUCCUGGGCCAUGGAGGGUUGACCUCCAAUUCUGGGGAAUGUGGCUGAGCUGUGGUAACCAGCUACACCCCAGGUGCUCUUUCCAUGGUGGUGCCUCCUCAUCUUGCUGAUGCAAACUAGGAAGUUAGGCUGCAUCUCGGAGUGGCCUUCGCUGGAGAGGUGCUUUGCUGUCUCUGAGACUCAGCCACUGUGUUCCCUCCCCGCCUCUGUUAUCUCCAUGGCUGCUUGCAGCCCUCCCAGGUACUUUGGGGUCUGAGCUGGACUUCCUUUGUGGUUUGCUCUUCUGCUUCUCACUCUUGUAUUAAGAAGGAUUCCACAAAGGGAGAGUGGCAUCCCUGCUGCUGCUGUGCCAGACCAGAGUUUCCUGAGGGGCCCUGACCCUAACCCUCCAGCUCAGCCCCGUACACCUGACCCUGUAAAUGAAUGGGGUUUGCUGACUGUAAUCCCUGACACCAGUAAAACCAAAAGGACUCUUGGGGGCUCAGUGUGAGAGCCAGGGUUACCCACUCUGCCAAGUGAGAACAAACUGCUAGGCCAUAUCCCAUAAUUUCAGGAUGAGAAAUGUCAACAAUAAAAAUUUGUAGUAAACAUAACCUCAUGAAGAACUAA